CUAGCUGGGAAGGACAUGGUAUGGUGGCCGAUUGGAGCAUCGCUGUUUGCCAGCAACGUGGGAAGUGGUCAUUUCAUUGGAUUGGCUGGCACAGGAGCAGCCUCUGGGAUUGCAGUCAGUGCGUAUGAGUUCAAUGGAAUGUUUAUUCUGAUCUUGCUGGCAUGGUUUUUUCUUCCCAUCUACAUUGCAGCCGAGGUCACCACUAUGCCCGAAUAUUUACUAAAACGAUUUGGAGGACAAAGAAUUCGGCUCUUUAUUGCAACUCUUUAUUUGUUCAUCUAUAUAUUCACAAAGAUAUCAGUUGAUAUCUAUGCUGGAGCUGUCUUCAUUCAACAAGCUCUUCGCUGGGAUUUGUACAUUGCAGUGAUUGGAUUAUUGGCGAUCACCACUCUCUACACUGUUGGAGGUGGGCUGGCGGCUGUAAUAUAUACCGAUGCGCUACAGACAGUGGUCAUGCUGACUGGAGCUCUAAUUCUAAUGGGAUAUGCUUUCAUUAAAGUUGAAGGUUACUCAGGCCUUCAGGAACUGUACUUCCAUGCUAUUCCAAGCAUUCGUGACCUCAACACAACUUGUGGCCUCCCAAGAAAUGAUGCUUUUCACAUAUUUCGGAAUCCUGCGACCUCUGACUUUCCUUGGCCAGGUGUAUUGAUUGGAAUGACCAUCCCUUCUAUCUGGUAUUGGUGCACAGAUCAGGUCAUCGUCCAGAGGUCACUCUCUGCCAAGACACUGCUUCAUGCCAAAGGUGGCUCUUUGUUUGCUGUCUACUUGAAAAUCUUGCCCGUUUUCAUAAUGGUGCUCCCAGGCAUGAUAAGCAGAGUACUCUUUACAGAUGAAGUAGCCUGUGCUGAUGCUGAUACCUGUCGUAGAAUUUGUGGGAAUCAGGUUGGUUGCUCAGAUAUCGCUUACCCGAAGCUGGUAAUGGAGUUGCUGCCAGGAGGACUGCGAGGCCUGAUGAUGUCAGUAAUGAUUGCUGCCCUUAUGUCCUCUCUCACUUCAAUUUUCAACAGUGCGAGUACAUUAUUUACAAUGGACAUUUGGAACCACAUUCGACCCCACUGCUCUGAGUGGGAGCUUAUGAUUGUUGGAAGGGUAUUUGUUCUGGUCCUGGUAGUGCUUUCUGUGCUGUGGAUUCCUUUGGUACAAAUGAGCCAAGGUGGUCAGCUCUUCCAGUACAUCCAGUCCAUCAGCUCCUACUUACAGCCACCUGUCGCAGUGGUCUUCAUGGCUGGCUGCUUCUGGAAACGAACUAAUGAGAUGGGUGCAUUCUGGGGCCUAUUCACAGGAAUCCUGGUAGGCUGCAUUCGAAUGGCUUUGGACUUUAUUUAUCCAGAGCCCCUGUGUGGCCAACCUGAUGACCGGCCUCUGGUGACCAAGUACGUUCAUUACCUGCACUUUUCCAUCAUCCUUUCUGUCUUUACAUUGAUCGUUGUGGUGAUCAUCAGUCUCAGUACAAAACCUCCAGAUCCAAAAAGGAUUAGCCGCAUGACCUGGUUCACCCGUUUUGAAAGAAACAAUUCUGUAGUAGGACAGGCUGAAGAAGCUGCACACAAAAUAGAUUCUACAAUGAGACAACCUGAAGGAGAUAAGCUGCACCAAGAGGAAAUCAGCAACGCAAACAACAUUACCCUCUCAACAGUUGAAUCAGUGAAAAAAAGGUCCAAGUUGAUAACGUUUGUAUUGUGGUUCUGUGGGAUGGAUAAGAAGGAAGAUACAGCGAGUGCUCCAACAAGCAACGUUUUGGCCAACAAUCAUUUGUUCAUUGAAGAGGGUCAUAUGCAUAACUUUGUUAAUGCUAAUUUAAUCGUCUGUUUGAGUGCUGUUGUCUUUCUCUAUGCUUAUUUUUCCUAA